AGUGUGUUUCAGCUACAGACCAAGGCUUAAAGUACAUCUAUAUCAAAGGUAGCUUUUCUGAAAUCAGGUCUGUAUAACACAGUAUUUGUAGGUAUGGCACAGAAGUUUUAUCUAUUUUGUCUUGAAAACUGUAUUUUGUCUUUACUGUAAAUUGUUAUGUUUUGUUGGUACUGACCAUGUUUUGUUUCAUGAUUGUAGACCUUAUACCAGUAGACGUGUGUGAUGAGCCUGCAGUUGCUGCACCAACAACACCACCACAUCCUGCCUCACAGCAGAGAGCUGCUGCUCCAGGUCAUCAAAAUGUUCCUGAACCAAGGAGACCUUCAGGUUCAGAAGAAACUUUGAGACCACCACAGCAACAACAGCAACAGAGACUGCAACAGUUGCCACAGCAACAACAGAGACAGCAACAGUUGCCACAGCAACAACAGAGACAGCAACAGUUGCCACAGCAACAACAGAGACAGCAACAGUUGCCACAGCAACAACAACAACCAGUGGAUACCGUGGAGGUUUGAAGUCCUAUACUUAUUAAAGUUACAAAGUAGAAUAUAACUAAGUGUAACAUGAAGAUACUGUUAUAUUGCUAUUUAAGAACAGUAUGGGAGCACUGUCUGAAGUAGAAAUGAAUUAAAAGUACUUGUGGUACAAUUACCAUAAUUACCUUUCAUGUAGAUUUUUCAGUAUGAUAAU